UUUUCAGGUAAUGUUUUCUGAUUUCUGUUCUUCUUCUUCUUCAUUUUUCUGUUCUUCUUCUUCAUUUUUCUGUUCUUCUUCUUCAUUUUUUUUUCCAGUUACUGUUCUUCUGAUUUCUGUUCUUUUUGUUUACACUUUAAAGCAGUCAGGCACUAAGUGCUUACUGCUUUGUGUAUUUGUUAAGUGUAAAUUUUUUUUAAAAAUUCUUUUCCUAAUUAUUUAUUCCAAUAUUUCUAACAGCGAAUUAAUUGAAUUUAAUAAUCAAUGGUGGAUGCUAGCAAAAAGAGGGACAUUGGAUGGAAUUAUGGCACUCAAGGAGCGACGAAAGAUUCGGUCAAUUGUAACUUUUGUGGGAUUACUUUCAAUGGUGGAAUAACUAGACACAAACAACAUUUAGUGGGUGGUUUCAAAAAUGUUAAACAAUGUGUCGCUUGUCCGUCAGAAAUUAGAGAAGAAAUAAGGGCUUAUAUGCAAAACAAAAUAGCUAAUAAUCCCAAAUUUCAAAUGAGGCAACCGGAAGAAUUUGUUGAUAUUGAUGAUCUUGAUGUUGAUGAAAUGGAUGAUUAUGCGGAAAUGAGGUCUCCCUCCAAAACUCAAAAGAUAUCUUCUAGUGGAGGUUCAUCCACCGCACGGAGUGUGACGAAAGGACCUUUGAACCUCUAUUUUUCACAAAAAUCAACACAAAAAGGAGGCUUAGAAAAAGGAGGAGGAAUCGAAGAAACAAAGAAAAUUCUAAGAGAGCGUGCGGUUAGUGCUUUUGCAAUUUGGAUGUAUGAUGCCGGGCUCCCUUUUAAUUGCGUCAAUCACAAAUCAUUCGAUAAAUUUAUUGAGGCGGUUGGACAACAUGGCCCCGGAAUGAAGCCUCCUACAUUCCAUGAAGUUAGAGUCACUCACCUUAAAAAAGAGGUGGAUAAAGUAGAAAAAAUUGUUGAGGAGCAUAAAGUGCAAUGGACAAAGUUUGGUUGUUCCAUUAUGAUGGACAAAUGGACGGCACGAAAUGGCAAAAUGAUCAUCAAUAUUUUGGUGAAUUCUCUAAUCGGUAGUGUAUUUCUUGGUUUGGUUGAUGCUAGCAAUGAAUCUACCGAUUCCACCAAAAUGUACAAGUUAUUUGAAAGCACUAUCGAAAGAAUUGGACCGGAAAAUGUGGUACAAAUUGUCACCGAUAAUGCUAGUGAGAAUGUCAAAGCGGGAAGUAUGAUAAUGGGUGCGUAUCCACACAUUUAUUGGACUCCAUGUGCCGCUCAUUGCAUCAACUUGAUAUUUGGUGACAUAUUCAAGGUUAAGCCAUAUGCUUCCGUUUUUAAGAAGGCCAUCGGAAUCCAUUCUUACAUUAGUCAAAGGCCAUUGUUGUUAAACUUGAUGAGAAAAUUCACCAAAGAAAGAAAUUUGGUGAAACCGGCCAAGACAAGAUUUGUAACGGCAUUCUUAACUUUGAGAGCUAUGUACAUUCAAAGAAAAAACUUGAAAACUUUAGUACUCUCAACCGAAUGGAAUUCAAGUAAAUUUGCAAAGGAAACUUCGGGGAAAGAAGUUGCCAAUCUUCUUAUUUCUAUCCACUUUUGGAAUGAUGUUGUUCGGGCACUUACAGUUUGUAGCCCUUUGACAAAAGUGCUUCGUUUGGUGGAUGGGGAGAAAAAACCACCAAUAGGUUAUAUUUAUGAGGCAAUGGAUAGAGCCAAAGAAGCUAUUGCACAUGGUUUUCGUGGAGUUCAGAAGCAUUAUGAGAAAGUGUUUCAAAUUAUUGAUGCAAGGUGGUCAGAACAACUCCAUCGGCCUUUGCAUGCUGCAGGCCAUGUUUUGAACCCAGGAUUAUAUUAUAAAGCUGAAGAAGAGGGAACUUUAUUACAGAGUUUGUGGACCGAGUAUUAUGCAUGUGUUGAGAAGUUGGUCCGUGAUGCAACAAUACAAGAUGCACUAAUCGCUGAGCUUCCUAAGUACAAAAUGACGGAUGGACUAUUUGGUUGUGGUCCGGCUAAAAGAGCUAGAGACACAAGGUCACCGGUUGAAUGGUGGUCACUAUUUGGUAGUGAAACACCAAACUUGCAAAAGUUUGCCAUGAAAGUGUUAAGCCUAACUUGUAGCUCAUCUGGAUGUGAGCGAAAUUGGAGUGUGUUUGAACACAUUCAUUCCAAAAAGAGGAAUAGGCUUACACUAUCGCGUCUCAAUGAUCUAGUGUACAUUAAGUACAAUAGAACAUUGAAACGCCGUUAUGAUGCUCGUGAUCUUAUUGAUCCAAUUCGCUUGGAUAACAUAGAUGAUUCCAACGAAUGGUUAGUUGGAUGCCCCGAAGAUCAAGAUGAUGAACUAGUAUAUGAGGAUGAUGAUCUUACUUGGGGUAGUGUUGCUACGGCAAUUGGAGCGGACGAGAGUAUCUAUCAUCUUAGGGGACUUUCUUCAAGAUCAACAGUACUUGAUAAGGGCAAAGGAGUAGAAAGUACAUCUUUAAGUUCAUCUUCAAGUAGGACUCGGACACUAAUUGAUGAAGAAUACGAGGAGGAAGAAGAUGAAGAGCAAUAUAAUGAUGUAGAAGAUUUUGAUCUUCAAGAGUUGGAUAAUUUUAAAGAAGAAUAGACUUUUAAAGUUUUGGUUUAUUGUAUUUUGAAUUGUUUGAUCUUUAAAGUUUUAGACAUUCUAUUGGCUUUUGAAUUGAAUAUUUGCUAAUAUGUGUUAUUGCUAUUAAGACUUUGGAUAAAAUAUGCAAUUAAAUAUUUUUAAUUUUUGGUAUUAAUUGGCGCCUUUAUUCAAAAAGGCAAGCUCCUCGCCGCUUGCCUCGCCGCAUGGCGAGGCAGGCCCUUGUCGCCUUUUGUCGCCUCUCGCCGUCCACAACACUGAGUUCGACUAACAUGGAAUUUGAGGUGUAUUGAUGAUUAGUUGACUUUCCCUAGGAAAAACCUAUUGCAAUCACAAUAUCACCAGGAAAUAAGCUUUGACAGGAGAGGAAUGGGGAUGUGUUGCAUCUAAGGUCUAUGAAAAUUCCAGUUCCUUGACCAUUUUGCAAUUCCUAAACCAGGAAACAGAUGCUGCAUUUAUUAACCAAAAAAAAAAGCUUCGGCAAGCAACAUAAAGUAACCCGCUACAACAUGAAAAGGAACAAAAGGAAACAUACCAACUUAAGUAGUCUAACAGUUGAUCCUUAACCAUCAGGGCUAAACAAAACAAGUGCUUCUUAAUAAUGGUGAAAUUCCAACUCAUAGUUUAUACAAACUCCACAUAAAGGAAAAGGAUAAUCCAUUGCCUAAUGGUAUGGUCUACCUGUCAACGAAGAUUCAAUCCAGCAGGAAUUUUCUCAUCUGUCUAAGCCUUGUGGGAUACAGUUGUAAACUAACACUUGAAAAACAGAAGAGGAUAACAUAACAUAACCUAAUCUACUUAUGAUGAAACUCGAAAACACCAAAUUAUAUUGGAAUUGUGCACAUAAUGUUGAUAAAGGGGACUCUUCAUAACUCAAAUCCAAAAGCUAACUCACCAGACAAGAAUUGUUAACAAACCGCCUAUUCUCUCAACAAGAUGUUAUUAACACCUAGAGGCCUAUAGGCACUCCUAUGUAAUGUUAAAACGAGGUCUCAUUGGCCGUCGAGAGACCAAAAACAGAUACAACUGAUUCAAAUAGCAUACCCAACAAAUUCAGCCAUAAACACAGUUAAUUGAGAUUGUAGACA